AGAGAGUGGCAAAAUUAUCUUAAUGUCUCUGCUUUUGUUCUGCAUGAAGUAAACGUGCCGCGUAUUCUAGAUAAUGUCCAAGAAUGUCCAUUUCUGGGACAUUGAGCAACUAUUACGUGGACUCCAUCAUAAGUCAUGAUAGCGACGAACUCUCAGGCGCGCCUCGCUUCUCCAGCGUCCAGUUUCCCGUUUCCACCUCCGCUGCCACCGAUGGAGCCGCGCUCUCCGAGCACGCUCAUGCCGAGCCAUAUCCAUCCUGCAGCUUCCAGCCCAAAGGUCCGGUCUUUUCUUCACCCUGGGGCCCCUUCAGCCCGCACCACGGAACUAGUGGUCUCCCUGCAGUCUACCAUCCCUACAUCCCGGGCCAGCAUGUCGCCGCAGGCGCCGCGGACACGAGAUACAUUCGCUCAUGGCUGGACUGCGCUCCGCGAGACUCCGAGUCUUUCCCGGGCCAGAGCCAAACGGGGCAGGUCAAACUGGAACCCCAGCUUAGCCAUCAAGGCGGGGAGCUUCCCGUCAAAAUCAGCGGACAACACGAGACUACCACAUACAUUCUAGAAUCGAUUUCCACGGCGGGACGCGAGCUGAACCUCCAUCCGACUUCCAUACAGGGAUCAGGAUUUGAAGAAAGUAAGGAUGUCUGUGAAGGGAGCAAAGACAAGGACAGCGCGGAUCAAAAUGACCCAUCAGCCAACUGGCUUCACGCACGCUCCUCCAGGAAGAAGAGGUGUCCAUACACUAAAUACCAGACCCUAGAGCUUGAAAAAGAAUUUUUGUUCAACAUGUAUCUCACGAGAGACCGGAGGCAUGAGGUGGCCCGUGCACUGAACCUGACAGAGAGGCAGGUUAAGAUUUGGUUCCAGAACCGGAGAAUGAAAAUGAAGAAACAGAGCAAAGACCAGACCAAGGAGUAGUGGGACUAAAGAGUAAAUUAGAAAUGAUCACUCACCACUUUCUCUCUCUCUAUCUCUCUCUCUCUCUCUGUCUCUCUUACACACACACACACCAGACACACACACGCACGCACACACACACACACGCACACACACACACACGCACACACACACACACACAUACAGAUUUAUAGCCUACCAUAGAGUUAAUCCAUCAUGAAGCACCUUUUUUGUAUAACCAGAAUAUAAUGGACUUUCUGAACAGACAUGUAGACCAACCUUCAUUUCUAUCAGUCUCAUCAAAUUAUAAACUAGGAGGCUUUGACACAGUAUUCAAAAUAUGCAAGAAAAAGUCAGAUCCAUACAGAGAUUUUAAUGAAAUCAGUGAACUGGGUUUGAAUCUAUUUCAUAAAUACAUGAACACAUAGAUCUAGUUAGGGGAUGUGGGAAGUCCAUUGGCUUGGACCAGAGUUUAUAGAACCACCAACAUCUAACAUCAGUGUUCAGUGUUCACUUCCUGUAAUACAUUCACCCUCAGAAAACGACUUCAUCCCUAAAACGUGUCGGACAAACUAGAGUAGAAGUAAAGUUUUAAAAUAUUAAGAUGUUUUGUAAGAAGGCUGGAACUUUGAAAUUGUUUAAGCUUAUGUUAGUGAAUGAGGUUGAUCAUACACACAAGCAACAGUUCCUUAUGGGCAUUUUCUACUUUCAGUUAACUGGACCUCAUAUAGAAUGCAGGCAUCACUAGACUUGUGUUAAGAAAAACAUAAAUACUUGACGCCAUAAGUACAUAUGAAAGGGAAAGAAGCAGGUAAACAUUUUAAUAAUUAAGUAAAACACAGAAGUAGACUGCUAACAGAAAAAUAGAAGGUUUCUUUCUUUCAAACCGUGCUAUUCCUUAUUUUUGAUACAUGAUGCCAACAGAAGCACAUAGAAGUG